GCUAGUGCCUCCUGCUCACACUUAUCUGUCGCUCAGCGACAUGCUUCGCGGACCAUUGUGGGAACAGACAUGCAUGCUGCAACCUCGUGUUGAGAACGCAUACUGCGGAGGAGUCGUGUUUAUAACCUACUAGUACCUAAAAGUGCGCCGUCCGCAGACGCUCCUAACGGCUUGGUCAAGAUGCUUCAGCUCGAUCCCUACAAGGGCAGCAGCCGGAAACUCGUCAUCGCCAUUGACAUCGGCACCACGUACAGUGGCGUCGCGUAUUGCAUCUUAGACCCUGGCGAAAUACCGAAGGUCUUGAGUGUUACACGAUUCCCGGGACAAGAGGGUGAAAAUAAGUCCAGGGACGUGAAAGUACCUUCCGUCCUCUACUACGACCAGCAAGAUCAGCUCCGCGCCACGGGGGCAGAGGCAACACUACAAAAUAUCAAGGAAGAAGCGUACACGCAGGAGUGGAACUACGUCAAAUGGUUCAAGCUCCAUCUUCGCCCUCCGUCAAUCUUACCAGGCGCAGUGUUGCCGCCAAUUGACGUGAACAAACCAGUCAUCGAAAUUCUCGCGGACUACCUUGCCUACGUUUUCACUUGCGCUACAGAGUUCAUCUCCGAGACCAAUCCCAUUGGCAGACAAAUCCUCAAUUCCAACACCCCCAUUGAUUUUGUUCUUAGUCACCCAAAUGGAUGGUCGGGCCCACAACAAAACAAGAUGAGGCGUGCGGCGGUGCUCGCUAAAUUGGUACCCGAUAAUUCCGAAGGCGCUUCAAGACUUCAAUUUGUUACUGAAGGAGAGGCAAGCCUUCAAUUUUGCAUUGCGACUGGUCUCGGGGACGAUGUGAUACAAGAAAAUCACUACGUAACCAUAGUAGACUGCGGCGGCGGCACUAUCGAUCUAAGCACAUAUCGCGUUGUUAACAGUCAACCUGUCGCAGUGGAAGAAAGCGUGGUACCUGAAUGUCUCAUUCAAGGUUCGGCGAUGGUCAACCGUCGCGCAGAAGAGAUGCUGAAAGACAAACUGAGACUCUCUCGCUUCUCGACGACCGACGAUCUGGACGCAAUGAUGGCAAGCUUCGAGACCAUGACAAAGCCGACAUUCAGAGACCGUUCUGCCAUGUCUUACGUCAAGUUCGGAGGACCCCGCGACACUGACGAGAGAUUCAAAAUACGACGCGGAGUCCUAUCUCUUACAGGCUCAGAGAUGGCAUUGCUCUUCAAACCGUCCAUUGACGCUAUUAAGGUAGCCAUUGACACGCAAAUAUCUGGGAUCGAUGCCCGUCUUGCUACGAUACUGCUUGUCGGAGGAUUCGCCACUAGUCCCUUCCUACGUGCCGAGUUGCAGGUACACACAAAUGGGAAGGGAGUGCGAAUGUUCUCUCCAGAGGGUCAAACCUCGAAGGCCGUGGCCGAAGGCGCGCUAUGGUUCUACCUUGACCGUCGUGUCCGUGCAAGAGUGGCUAGGCACACGUACGGAUCCUCCUGCUUAAAUUACUACCAGCCUUUGCGUGCGGACCAUCUCAAACGAAGGCACCUUGCGUACACAGAUGUAGACGGAUCAUUAGUUGUUCCGUCUGCAUUCGUCAUCUUGGCUCGGAAGGAUACUUCAGUAACCGAGACUACUGAAUUUAGCUUCCCUCUCAUGUGGGCUACGACUGCAUUUGGAGCCCAUGCAAUCACAGCGGACGUGAUAUCUUAUCGAGGAAACGAGAUAGACCCUCGGUGGCGAGACGAAGAACCGGAAAUGUUCUCUACCUUGUGUACAGUCAACGCGGUCCCGGCCACUAGCUCGUGGCAGAAGCGUUUCGGGUCCAUUGGGCCAUAUUGGUCGCAGGACUUCAAGGUCAUCCUCUUGCUAGGUUUGACGGAAAUGAAGGCUCAGAUUGCCUGGUGGGAGAAUGGCGUUGAGCAGCGGACACCUGCGAGGCUUGUCUAUGACAAUGAGUAGUAAUCGGGGGCCUGUCUGGAUAGCAUUCCGUCUGCAUGGCUUGAUAGGGCUUGAUCCCAACUUCCAAUAGGUCACGUUGAACCUGCGUAGUCCUACAAUCAUUUGACAACAAGAAGUUGCUUCCAUCAGUAGGAUGUCUCGUCAUUCCUGAGCCAAGAAAGACGGCGCGCAGCUGCCGAUGCAGCAGCUAGGCUAAAUCAAUAGUGCACUGACUGAGUC